AUGUAUGAGGCAAAUAUGCAAGAUUUGCUAACACCUUGUAUUGCACUGGUACUGCUUAAGGCUCAGGCUGCAACAGGGUUUCUCAUCGAUCCAACCAAGAACAAAUAUCUAUCUGUUGAUGAGGCUGCAAGAGAACGACUAAUUGGACUAGAAAUACAUCAAAAACUACUUUCAGCUGAACGAGCAGUCACUGGAUAUGUAGAUCCAUACACAGACGCCACAAUAUCUUUAUUUGAAGCCAUGAAAAAAGAUCUGAUCGAGAAAGGCCAUGGGAUGCGUCUGCUAGAAGCACAAAUUGCAACAGGGGGAAUAAUUGACCCAGUCCACAGCCACAGGAUACCUGUUCAUGUUGCCAAGAUAAAAGGCUACCUUGAUGAAGAAACAAAUGAAAUAAUGUCCAAUCCAAAUGAUGGCACGAAAGGAUUCUUUGACCCCAGCACCAAGGAAAACCUAACAUACCUUCAGCUAAGAGAGAAGUGUAAAAAGGAUUCUCAGACAGGACUUUUACUUCUAUCGCUACAUGGAGAAGGUGGAAGUGAGUUUUAUACAGAUGAAGAAACAGAGCAGGCAUUCAAAGACAAAAAUGUGGUCAUCAAUGCAGGUCAAUUUGAAGGCAAACAAGUGUCACUCUGGGAUGUGUUACUCUCUGAAAAUAUUUCAAAACUAAAGAGAGAGCAGCUCUUGAAGCAAUACAAGACAAGAUCAUUGACAAUGGAAGAGAUAAUAGAAAUAGUCAUCAUAAUAAUACAGGAAGUGACAUCAAAACAAAUAAAGUUCAAAGGACUGAGGAAGCAGGUUCCAGCAAGUGAGUUGUAUGAGUCAAGAAUCAUCUCAAAGGAACUCUUCACUCAGAUUAUCCAUGGAGAAGUUACUGAAGAGACUGUUGGUAAAAUGGAAUCUAUUCAAAAGUACCUUGGGGCGACAAACUGCAUUGCAGGAGUAAGAAUUGAGUCCCCCAAAAAGAUAAUGUGCAUUUGAGGCCAAAACCAAAGAUAUACUGACUCCUGGAACUGGAUUUGUCAUUGACCCAGUGAACAACAAGAAGCUCUCUGUAGAAGAGGCAGCAGCUCAAGGUGUGGUUGGAAACGAGUGGAAGAACAAACUGCUUUCAGCAGAGUGCCUGUAGAGGUGGCGUACCAGAGAGGAUACUUUGAUGAGGAAAUUAACCAGAUCCUCGAAGACUCUAAUGGCUUUUUUGACCCCAACACACAAGAUAACCUCACCUACCUGCAGCUUGUGGAGAGCUGUGUGAGAGACCCAGAUACUGGCCUUAGCUUACACGUCAUCGUCAAGAAAGGAGAGUUUUACUUGUUCAUUGAUGAGCAAACCAAGACCCUCUUAAAGUCUUCGACAACAACUACAGUACCUUGCAAAAAUAUUCAUCCCCCUUGGCGUUUUUCCUAUUUUGUUGCAUUACAACCUGUAAUUUAAAUUGAUUUUUAUUUGGAUUUCAUGUAAUGGACAUACACAAAAUAGCCCAAAUUGGUGAAGUGAAAAAAACUUAUUUCAAAAAAUUAUACAAAAAUAAUAACGGAAAAGUGGUGCGUGCAUAUGUAUUCACCCCCUUUGCUAUGAAGCCCAUAAAUAAGAUCUGGUGUUGCACCACUUCAACCAUUUACCUUCAACAUAUGUUGCAUCUUCAAAGUGGUAGGCAUGUUGUGUAAAUCAAAUGAUACAAACCCCCAUUUUAAUUCCAGGUUGUAAGGCAACAAAAUAGGAAAAAUGCAAGGGGGGUGAAUCCUUUCGCAAGCCACUGUAAGUCGUAGGUAAAUUCCAAGGACAGAAGGUGUCUCUAUGGGAUCUCCUCUACUCAAAAUAAAUCACUGAGGAGAGAAGGAGAGAGAUUGUGCAGCAGCAUAAAUCUGGAGCAAUCACUAUUGAAUGCUUCAUGGAGAUUAUACUAACAAUCAUUCAGCAAAAGACUACCACCACAAAAACCACAACAUCUUCAGUGACAAAAUGCACACCACAUGAGACUAAGUCAGAACAAACAACCAUUACCACAACAACUAAAGAGACAAGCUUUCAUUGGUAUCAGGAAGAAUGUCACAGCUGGAGAGCUGCUUGAAUCCAAAAUCAUUGACAUGAAACUCUACGAAGAUCUCAAUACAGGAAAAGUCACAGUGAAUCAAGUGAGUGAAAUGGACUCAGUACGCAAGUACUUGGAGGGAACUAACAGCAUUGCAGGCGUGUAGGUUCAGUCCACCAAACAGACCAUCAGCAUCUACGAUGCCAAAUCCAAAGGUCUUCUGACUCCUGGAACCUCUGUUGUACUGCUCGAGGCUCAGGCUGCCAUUGGAUUUGUCAUUGACCCAGAGAUGAACAAGAAGCUCUCUGUCAAAGAGGCAGCAGCUCAAGGUGUGGUUGGAAUGAGUGGAAGAACAAUCUGCUUUCAGCAGAGAGGGCAGUCACUGGAUACAAAGAUCAAUAUACAGGAAACACUAUUUCCUUGUUCAAGGCCUUGAAAAAGGAACUAAUUGUCAAGGACCACAGAAUUUGCCUAGUUGUAGCACAGAUUGCAACUGGUGGAAUCAUUGAUCCAGGGUAUAGUCAUAGAGUGCCUGUACAGGUGGCGCACCAGAGAGGAUACUUUGAUGAAGAGACGAACCAGAUCCUCGAUAACCCUGACAACAAGGGCUUUUUUGACCCCAACACACAAGGGAACCUCACAUACCUGCAUCUUGUGGAGAGGUGUGUGAGACCCAGAUACUGGCCUUAGCUUACUCAUCAUCGUCAAGAAAGGGGAGUUUUACUUCUUCAAACCAAGACCAUCCUAAAGUCUAUGACAACAACUAAGGCCGGAGGCAAAUUCCAAGGACAGAAA